AUGGCCGACGUCAACAUCCAGUAUGUCCCUCCGAAGCCCCGACCGUAUGGAGGAUUUGGAACCCCCUCGCCGACGCGUGCCGAGAGGGGCAAACAGCCGCUGACCAUCUUUCUUCUCUUUUUCUUCUUCUUUUCCAACAGAGAACUCCUCCAGAAGCCUCGCAACGAGUGCACGGAAUACGAGAUUGCACAGCUCGAGCAGUGGGAGUUUAGCAAUGGCCCAUUGUCCAUCCUGCAGACCGCCGUCCGCACCCACUCCCAGGUCCUCAUCAGCAUCCGCUCGAACCGCAAGCUGCUGGCCCGCGUCAAGGCCUUUGACCGGCACUGCAACAUGAUUCUGGAGAACGUGAAAGAGAUGUGGACAGAGACGCCGAUAACCAACGGAAAGAAGGGCCGGCCCGUCAACAAGGACCGGUUCAUUAGCAAGAUGUAA